AUGCAUCCCAUAAGCCUCGAACACGAGCUACAAAACUUUCAGAAUCAAAAAUGUCCCACUUUGGAACAAACCAUAAGUAAUAACCGUCAAGUACUAUCCAAACGCAAGAAAUUUUUCACAACCGAUCUCAAACAAUCUUUCCAGUUGAUUGAAAUUGUCCUAAUUGUCAUUAUUUAUCUACGAGAUUUGUCAUUUUUCAGAUUAUUUCUACGAAGUGCGAUGCAUUUCUCCAUUUUGAACAUCAACCCUGAUUACGUUAGUCGAUAUUACUCCUUUUCCACACAUCAUGUCAAAACUAUGAUUAAGAUGAGUUUUCGUGGUGUUUUGGCCAUCAAUUGUUAUUGCUUUUUGACGCAUUUGAUUUUUGGUGUGUAUUCAAAGAGUCCUGGAAGUAGUGGUCGCAGUGGAGAAGAAACUGUUGGAUUUUUGUAUGGUGGGUUGACAGUUCAGUUUAUGGGGGAGAGGGUGCCAUGUGGCAGGUUGGAGUUGAUGGGUUUGGAUUUGAUUGUGUUUGGAGCACAGUUGAUUCUCUUGUAUUUGCAUGGUGUUCUUGGUAAUGAAGAGGUAUUCGAAGAGGAAGAGGGGGAGGGGGAGCAAGAAGGAGAACAACAAGAGAUUAUAGCUGAAGGACAAGUAGCUAGUGGAUUGAGUUCAAGAGAUGUGACCGAGUCUAGAACAGAUGGAAACCGUUUACAAGUGCAGCACGAUGGCGGGGACGACAUACCAUUGAGGGAACUACUAAGCGGUAGACACCUCGAAAAUGAUGACGAGGUGGUAGAUAAGGCUCGUAUUGAAGGUGAUGGGUACAAUGGGAAUGUUGAGCUACUCACGAUCGAUUUACUUGAUGGAAUCAAAAAGAUGAUGAAGAUUAAGGUGAAUAUACAAAACGCAGGAGAAACUAGCGGGUUGUCAACAUCUUCUUCGACUUUACCGGGUGCAUUCCCCAGAGUGUCUAGCUUGGUAUAG